CCUUUCUUCCGAUAGCGUAAUACUCAAUAGUCAAUUCUCAAAUCCCCCAUCACUCCUCUUGCACGAAACUCGGCCGGGGAAAAAUUGCAUGCACUCAGGCAGAGAGAUCCGGAUGAACAGGAGGAAGCUCAGCAUUGCGCCCAACAUGAAAUUCAAUCGCAUUCUUCAAUCUUCCUCUGUAGGUUCUUAGUCUAGGUUAAGCUGUGGAAUACAAUUCUAUAUGCUUAUCUUCAUCUAUGUUUGGAGGUCUUGUGACAGCCCCUUCCAAUAGUCCGCACUUACGGAAGUCUGGAAGCAGACCUGUUUUCUCUGAUCUUGGUGAGCUGGAAAAUGGUGUUGAGGAAGGUUUCUUGAAUUCAAUAGAUGCAAAUGAUAUGAAGGGUGUGAGUACUCCAGUGAGCGCUGCUGCAAUCAUGCCAUCACCCAUUUUAUUAUGGAGAUUCAAGGUACUGUUAUUCUUUGUCUGGGGUUUCAGUUGUUGCAAGAUUGGAUGGGAUUCUGUUAUGAGAAUGAGUUUGGAUUUGCGUGAUUUAUUUCUAUACGAGGCAUUUUUGUAUUAUAAUCCUCUACUUCUUAUGACUAUGACAGUUUGGCUUUGGGGAAUUAAUUUAUGGUUUUUUUCCCAAGCCAGUGUCAAUUAUGCAAAAAUUUUUGAUCUCGAUCAAAACCACUUAACUCACAGAGAAAUUUGGAAGUGUUCCACAUGGAUGACUAUCAUCGUCCCAACUAGCAUGACAGCAUAUCUUUAUCUUUAUUCCAAUGGAGAAGUAUCAUUGGCUGCUUCACAACCAGUGCUCCUAUAUUGUGCUGUUGCAAUGAUUUUAGUAUUCCCAUUUGAUAUUUUUUAUUUGUCAUCACGCUAUUACUUGUUAAGGAUUCUUUGGCGAAUACUUCUUCCACUACAGGCAAUAUCAUUUUCUGAUUUUUUCUUGGCUGAUAUCCUGACCUCCAUGGCGAAAGUUUUUUCAGAUCUGGAGCGUUCAGUAUGUAGAAUGCUCCAUCGACAGGUUGCCACUAUUGCAUGGUUUGAAGCAGAUUCUGUUUGCGGCAGUCACUCCAUCGCAAUUCCUUUAGUUCUUGUCUUGCCUUAUCUUUUUCGUUUCUUUCAAUGUCUUCGACAAUACAAGGAUACCCGGGAGAAGACAACCCUUCUGAAUGCUUUAAAAUAUUCGACCGCAGUACCAGUGAUUUUUCUUUCAGCCCUUAAAUAUCAUGUCUUCCCUGAUAGGUGGACAAAUUUUUAUCGGCCUCUCUGGCUUCUCUCUGGUGCUUUGAACUCUUUGUACUCAUUCUAUUGGGAUGUGACCCGGGACUGGGACUUGAGUGGCUUCACUCGGAUAUUCAAGUUCAGCAAACCACAUCUCUUCUCACACAUGUUAUACGGACGAAAAUGGGUUUAUUUUUGGGUGAUAGGGAGCAAUCUGGUAUUGCGUUGCACAUGGACAUACAAGCUGUCUGCACAUCUUCGCCAUAAUUACAUAACGGUGUUCACUAUCGCUGCUUUGGAGAUUUUCCGUCGCUUCCAAUGGAUCUUCUUCCGUGUGGAAAAUGAGUGGAAUAAGAUGAACGCCAAGUCAAAUAUUCAGCUCACUACGAAUGACAUCACAAAUGAGGAGGAGAAAUUACUUUCUUCUACUGACCACAAUGUAUAGUGAACCAGGUAGUCAACCUCUUGCAAGCCCCAUCAUCCUUGGGUUUAGCAAAACAUUUUAGUGACGAGGGUACUUUAGCAUUCCAUUUUAUAGGAAGAUAUAAAAACUUUUCCCUCUGUUCAUAGGCUAUCUAAUUAUAAGACUUCUUAUUGGCUAUUUAUUAAUUUAGUUUGAUUCAA